AUGUCCAGUCAGCAAGAAAUGUCUCUCGUGACGGCGAAUCCUCCGGUAAACGUCGAUCAAAUCUUCGCCGAGGUUGACAUGUCCGCCGGCGACUCUUCUACCACCGUACGAGCAACCGUCGUCCAAGCCUCCACCGUCUUCUACGACACUCCCGCCACUCUAGAUAAGGCGGAGAGGUUGCUCGCCGAGGCGGCGGAUCUUGGGUCUCAGCUCGUGGUGUUCCCGGAGGCGUUCAUCGGCGGAUAUCCUCGUGGUUCUAGCUUCGAAUUGGCGAUUGGUGCUCGAACUGCUAAAGGAAGAGAUGAUUUUCGAAAAUACCAUGCUUCUGCCAUUGAUGUUCCUGGCCCUGAAGUGGAACGAUUGGCGGAAAUGGCGAGGAAGUACAAAGUGUUCUUGGUUAUGGGUGUGAUAGAGAGGGAAGGCUAUACGCUAUACUGCACUGUUCUUUUCUUUGAUCCACAAGGUCAGUUCUUGGGUAAGCAUCGGAAACUCAUGCCUACGGCUCUUGAACGUUGCAUCUGGGGAUUUGGAGACGGAUCAACAAUCCCUGUUUUCGAUACUCCCAUUGGGAAAAUCGGCGCUGCUAUUUGUUGGGAGAAUAGGAUGCCGUCUUUAAGAACCGCAAUGUAUGCCAAAGGCAUUGAGAUAUAUUGUGCACCAACUGCUGAUGCUAGAGAAACUUGGCAAGCUUCAAUGACUCACAUCGCUCUUGAAGGUGGAUGUUUUGUUUUGUCAGCUAACCAAUUUUGUCGCCGGAAAGAUUAUCCUCCUCCACCGGAAUACUUGUUUUCCGGUUCAGAAGAAAGCUUGACACCGGAUUCGGUUGUCUGCGCCGGUGGUAGCUCUAUCAUUUCACCUUUAGGAAUUGUUCUAGCCGGACCAAACUAUGAAGGAGAGGCACUUAUCUCAGCUGAUCUAGAUCUUGGGGACAUAGCACGAGCCAAGUUUGAUUUCGAUGUGGUCGGGCAUUACUCGAGGCCUGAAGUGUUUAGCCUGAACAUAAGGGAGCAUCCGAGAAAAGCCGUCAGCUUCACGUCGAAGGUAACGAAAGAUGAACCAGUAAAAAAUGAACAUUUCUAG